AUGGGCUUUUGUCUGAACAAUAGAGUGUCUGUUAUAGCGCAGAAAUCCCCCAAACCCGUCCGACUGGAUGCUCAGACUCUGAAUGAAGACGGAAACAGCUUUAUGCUCAUCAUCUCUUAUUAUAAAAUAUUGAAAGCAUACCGGUUACACGAUUGCAGUCAGGAGAAGAGAUCAGUCUACAGCAUAGAAGUUCUUCCUCAAUCUGUUAACUCCAACCAGUACAAAAACAGGAAGCUUUACAGAGCCUCUACAACAUGGAGCCACGAGGAUCUCGCCCCGGGUCAAAACCCAGACCUGAACCCGCCCCCAGGUCUCUGUCUCUGA